GUUUAUAUGUAAACUCAGACUAAAGUACAUCAGACACUAUAACGCUUAUUCAUAUCAGAGCGAGAUGAACCCUUACCCAGCACAUUUACAGCCUCUGUUCAGGAAUCACCAUCUCUGUUCAUCUCUCUGUCACAAACCAUUGGUCAUGUUGGGCCAGUUUUCACCCGGAGAGCCCUACACCACAUCUCUGUCAAGCACGCAGCCCUGGAGCCCAGCAAACCAGUUACAGCUCUUCCGCUUCCGCUCACGCACCGAGCCUAUAGACUGGAGGCGUCUCUCCACCCUUGAUGUGGACCGUGUUGCUCGAGACAUGGACGUCAGCGUGCUUCAGGACUUCAUUAUGACCGUAACAUUCUGUGCAUUGGAGGGUGAGCGGUGUCCAAACUGCCGUGGGCCUGUUGACCCUUCUUUGGUCAAACUGCUCCGUAUGUCACAGUUGAGCACAGAGUACCUGCUGCAAUGCCAGGAUUUCCUGAGCACUCAGCUGGCAGAACUAGAGGAGCGUCUGCAGGCUGCAACUUCUCUGGUCCAGCAAGGAGAAGGACAAAGGGCUGAACUUGAAAAAAGUCUGCAAGAAACCAAGCAGGAGAAUCGACGGAGAAAGCAACUGAUUGCCACACAACAGCUUCUCCUACAGGCUAGUGCUAAUAAUUAUCACAAGUGCCAGUUCUGUGAAAAGUCAUUUGUCAAUUACUCAUACUUACAAGCACAUGUUCAGCGCCGGCAUCCUGAGGUCACAGAUGCAGAGAAACAGAAGAAGAGGAAGGUGGAAGAGAUGGAGGAUGGGAUAGAAGAGCUGAAGGAGAAACUGAGGCUGACACAGAUGCAGCUACAGGAAGAGCAACACGCAGACAAUUUAAGGCGACAGCAGGAACAAGAGCAGCAGCGAAGGAGAGAACAGUCAGAGAAGGAAGCACUGGAAAGAUGGAAAGAAGAUGAGAGAAGGAAGUUUAAUCAGGAAAUUGCUGAUCUGAGACAACUGUUUCUCCAGGAGUCUAAAGAAAUGGCAAGCAAGAGCUCAUCUAUUGAGGCUAAACUGCUGGUGUUACAGAACAAAGAAAUGGCUGGAUUCAACAAUGCAAGUUUACAACAAGACAGUGACCCUGAGAAAGAAAUGAGAGAAAACAGAGAGAGAGAGUUGAGAGAGAGAAUAGCCAGAAAGAAAAGUGAAUGGAGAAGAAAAUUUCAGGAAGCACAGAAAAGACAUCAGCAGGAAAACAAAGAGCUAAAAAGUGAAAACUCCAGGCUUCUAAAGGCCUUGUCUGUAGAAAAAAACUCCACUUCCAGUGUGCAGAAGCUUCAGCAGCAGGUCGUCUCUCUGUCCUCUCAGCUGAGUCAGAAGGACAGACUCAUCAAAUCCCAGGAGGAGAAGAUUAAAAAACUAUCAGCCACCCCAGUCCCAGUUUCAGUUGUUUCACUGAAUGACCAGGAUUCUUCAGAGGAGCCAGUGGAACAAGACAGAGAUAGUCAGGAAGAUUCAGAUGAACCCCAGUGGAAGGCUCCAAAGAUACGUAAAGGAAAGCCUGCGCUGAUGAGAGAAUCUAAACCCAUUCUAGAAGAAUCACUGGAGCAAAAACUGGAGAAUAUGGGACUGCGAAAGGGUACCAAGGGCAUCUCAAAACAAACUUUUAAGAGUUUGAGUUCUCUGUUGGCUGGUCAGCGGCUGCAGAAAUUCAGACAGCAGACAAACCUUCAGAGUCUUCGAGACAGCCUGACACUAGAGGUCACCAGACGAGUCAAAAGCCUACAGAAGAGCUCGGGGAAACCAACACCCAACACUUUGAAACAGAGGGGGAAGAAAACUUCAACCCCAUUGAAUGAAAAAAGCCUUAGAUCCAGGCAGGACUCAAAGGCGUCCGAUCGGAGGGAGAAAAGCCAGCAGCCACAAACACUUCUUCCAACACCAACCCCACGGUCCAAAGCACCACCUCCAAAUCAAACUCCAAAAAUUCUUGCAAAAAAGAACAGCACACCACCUUUCAGUUCUGAUGAAGAGUCAGUUGAGGACACUGCUUAUAUUACCAGCUCAAGGGGAAAUUUGUCCUCUUCUGUGCGUGUUGUUCAAUCAGGAUCACUGCUGAACCCUACAACCGAGCCUGAUUGGACAGACAGUGAGCUGUCAGAAGAUUUAGACUUACCAAAAAUCUACAAAACGCGCAAUCCUCAAGGUUCUGUUGUACAAACACUGACAAGAAGUUUGGAAAGACAGCUAAGCACACCACUCAAAACUCCUGUGGGUGGGACUAGAGUUUUGCCACCAUCCAGCACAACUCCUCGCCCUGCUAUUGUGAAACAGCAAGCGCUUUCUGAUGAAGAGAGUAAUUCAGAGCUGUCAUCUAUAGAAGAGCUCACAGGCCGCCGGGCAGGAGGACACAAAAGUUUAGAAGUCGAUAGGACAUCAGGGACCAGUGCAUGGAGUUCUAUGACAAGCAGACAAGGAUUAUGGUGAAGUGUGUGGUGUAGCUUUUGAAAUAAAUUCAAGUUUUCACUCUGAACCCAAAUCUUCUAGCAGACUUAAGAAUUUACAAAUGCAAUUACGAAAGAUCAAUAAUUGUUAAGGGCUUUUGCAGGCUAUUGAAUACAUGUGUACCUGCAAAUUGUAGUCAAACAUCAGUUAUUACUUGUUUUUGUGCUAUUGUGAAAGCUUUAGGUGUUAGUGUUUAUGUUAGUGCCAAACAUAGUCCAGGAUACAGUUAUUGUUUUGCGAAUAUUUGUGAAGAAGUUAGUACAAAUUUAGAAUGAAUCACUGGGUUUGUGGGUUAAUGAUAUUUAAAAGGUAAUUCAAAUUUGAUAUAAAUCUGAUUCUAAUACUACAUAGCUUUUAUCAACCAUGAAUUAUGAGAAAAAACGUGUGGCUAUAAAUAUAAAGCUGCUGUGUAUCAGUUGUGACUUUACAUUUAAAACACUGAAGUAAAAUGUGGACAAAAAGUACUUAAAUAUAAAAGGAUUUUUGCUUUACUUUUGAAUGUGCUACACACAAAAGACCUGUGAUUUUACACAAUCAGUUUUGGUAACAGAUUUGUGCACUUUCUUAUUUUUUGUUCUUGAUCAUCUACUUGCUACUAAAAUAUUUAAAGUCUCAUUCAUGAUAAUUGUAAAGGUAACCAUAACAAUAACUAUAUUAUCUCAGUAUAAGCAUGCUACAUUAUUAUAUUGCAUGUCUGCUGCUUUAAAUACUCAAGCUCUUAAAAAAAACAUUAUUUAUUAAAUGCCCCCUCCUUUUUUGUUUUGGAAUAUUAUCUUUUAUUGUGUAAUGUCAGUGUUUAUGAAGGUAAAAUGUCUGCAAAGCCUUAAAGAUAAACUUGGAUUAAAAAUAAUGGAAAUAAUUUAAUUGACUGUUGAAAUGAGUCAUCAGCAUUUCUUUUAGUUUAACUUCUGUAACUGAUCUAAUUGUAUAUGUAACACAUUUGCAUAAAGCCCUAAAUCUAUUA